AGCCUGUUUCCUCCAGCAGGAGGGGCGCGGGGGGGUGGGGGGGGAGGCUGACAUCACCGGGAGCAGGCCUUUAAACCCCUCACCCAGCCAGCGCCCCAUCCUGUCUGUCCAAGUCCAGACAGAGCGGAGUCCUUCCUGCACCUCAGAGCCCUCUCUCCGCAAACAUGGCCAACAAGGGACCCUCCUAUGGCAUGAGCCGCGAGGUGCAAUCCAAGAUCGAGAAGAAGUACGACGAGGAGCUGGAGGAGCGGCUGGUGGAGUGGAUCGUGGUGCAGUGCGGUCCAGACGUGGGGCGCCCGGAUCGCGGCCGCCUGGGCUUCCAGGUCUGGCUGAAGAAUGGCGUGAUCCUGAGCAAGCUGGUGAACAGCCUCUACCCCGACGGCGCCAAGCCAGUGAGGGUGCCCGAGAACCCUCCCUCCAUGGUCUUUAAGCAGAUGGAGCAGGUGGCUCAGUUCCUGAAGGCAGCUGAGGACUAUGGCGUCACCAAGACGGACAUGUUCCAGACUGUGGACCUCUUUGAAGGCAAAGACUUGGCAGCCGUGCAGAGGACCCUGAUGGCCCUGGGCAGCCUGGCCGUGACCAAGAACGACGGGCACUACCGCGGAGAUCCCAACUGGUUUAUGAAGAAAGCCCAGGAGCACAAGCGGGAGUUCACAGAGGGCCAGCUGCAGGAGGGCAAGCACGUCAUUGGCCUGCAGAUGGGCAGCAACAGAGGGGCCUCCCAGGCCGGCAUGACAGGCUACGGGCGGCCUCGGCAGAUCAUCAGCUAGAGGGCCAGGCCAGCCCCCAGCCCGGCCUCCCCGCUCGUCGGCUGCAGCCUUCCCUCCUCGCCCACCUCCCACACCCGAGUUCCUUCGCCCCAGCCAGCUUCCGGGCUCCGAGCUCCAUCACUGAGCACAGGGGACUGCGCUUGGGCAACUCGCCCCACCCCCAGCCCGAUCCUUCCUCUGAAGCACUGCUCCCCGCCUUCCCCAGCUCCCCGCCUCCUCCCGUCUCCCCCAGCCUGGGCUGUGCAGGGGGCUGGGCUGGGACAAACCCACCGUCCUCCUAGCCUGCAGACGCCCAUUGAGGGAGACCCGGCCCAACCUCCCCCCCGCCCCCAAGUUUGCUGGAAUAUUUCGGGGGUUGAAAUUCAAGGUGAAAAUAUACAUCGAUCUUUUCUCAGGC